GUGCCUCUCUGUCCGCUUCUCCGCUCGCAGGUCAGCCUCUACGCCAGCCCCCCGAGACCCAGCCCCCUCGUCCACUCCGGCGCCGUCCACCAGGGCUCAAAGGUCAUGACCCUGACGUUUCCCCAGGCCCAGCGGGCCGAGCUGGGACCGUCCGCUGAUCCUGCCCCGCUGGCCCGGCUGGGCCCAGGACAGACUGGGGCACCCUCUGACCUGCAGCCAGCCCAGGCCUGCGCCCCCGGUCCGGGCCCGGGACCUGGAGCAGGGGGACAGCUGACCGAAGCUCUGGCCAGGCAGGCCGAGAGGUUCCGGCUUCAGAUCGACUCCUUCGAAGAUCUGCUCAAGACUGGAACCCUCAAGCCCUACGAGCAGAUGAAGGGCCUGGCCAGUCUGCAGCAGGCACAGGACUCUCUGGAGAGGAGCUACCUGCAGGCCAGGGAGCAACAGCGCCACCUGCCGCCACAAGACGCAGGGGUCUUCGACCCCGACAGGGAGGUGGAGGGACAGAUCUUCAGGCUGGGGAUGCGCUUGGAGGAUCUGAUGGAGCAGAUCGAGCAGACGGCCCAGCGGAGGCCCAGCUCCCCCGCCGCCGCCCCCCCCUCGCCGCCCCCCAUGCCAGAUGCUCCGCCUGGAGUCCACAGCGCCCCCACGCCACACCCAGAGGUACUGCACUGUCUAGGGGCACAGGGGCCUGGCCGUCGCACUGCUGCCCCACAUCUCCAGGGUUCAAGGUCCAAGCAUCUUUCCGUUCGGAGUCUGCAUGUUCCUUGCUCCGGUUCUUUGGCUUAAAAAAAAAAAGCCUGUCGUUUUCAGUCACACCACUAGGUGGCGAAGCGAUCUUAAGAUGUGUGCAGAGUUCGCUUGAGUCGAGGUUUUGCUCUCCUGGUAGAAGAGGGGUUUUAGAGAAGCAGGCCUCUCUGUCUGCUGACUUUUUUCCUGUGUGACUCCGGGGAGCCCUUCAGUCAUUCCCUGCACCUGUGCUUAGCUGUGAUGGUUUGAAUCCCAUGGGAACAGAGAACUCCUCACACACCAGCUCUCAGUGGGAAGGAGAACAGAGCGAUGAAGCCAGUUCAGAGAUGGGGAUUAUUAGGAGGCCAUGAUUGGUAAGGGCCAAUGGGGAAAUUUGUCAGGACACCGGAGUUACACCCCUGCUCCUUCUGAAAAACACCCUGGGAUUUCUAAUGACCACAGAGAGUCUCAACUAAGAGAUGGUGUGUUUUCUACAGUACAGUGUCCCCGUCACUAUACUGGGGCAUUAG